GCGCAAAAACGACUGCGUCGAGCUUCCCAAACUACAGUGCGUAUAGCUCUCAGACGCUCCUGCAGACAGACAAUCCCUCCAGACUUGGAAGGCAGAAGCCUAGAAACACGACAAAGGCGGUGACUGGGAGAAUAGUAGGCUCCAGAAUGUCUCACGACGUUGCAGAUUUAUAUGGUAUGAAUUUACUUUAAUGAUAUAUUAGGACGAUAUAUUCGUGCGCCGCGGCUUUGACUUCUGAGACGCGCGUCUCCAAACUUUGUCCACCUCGCAAUACAGGUAGUGUUCAACCUCUCACUCGAACAGAAACCUAAAAUCUCGGACAAUGACAGGUUCAGUCAUUUUUAGCAUUCUCUGUAUUUGGAUGUUUUCACCCAGUCUGUCACGAGGGACCGGGUUUAUCUAUCAGUUUCCAGGUGUGACAUUGCAACGCAUCCACACUGAACACACCGCUGGACCCCCUGCAGGCACCAAUGCGGCUCGCAGGAACUGGUGUCAGUACACAGUAUCGAAGACUGUGUCAUGCCAGGUGCACAACGGGACAGAGACGCUGGUACAGCGUAUGUUUCAGAGUUGCCGGUGGCCUGGACCCUGUUCUAACCUCAUCAGUUACAGGACCAUUGUCCGGCCCACAUACAUGCUGACGUAUCGCCAGGUGACGGCGUUGGAGUGGAGGUGCUGCCCAGGCUUUAUGGGCGACAACUGCAGAGAGGAAUGUAUGAACUGCACUGGCUAUACUGAUAUGAAUAAUAGACUGAAUAUUCUUGAGUCCAAGAUUGUGUUACUGGAGGAGGCAGGACCACCACCUCUCCCAUUCAGAUCCUCCCCAGAUAGGUCUUCAGAUAACGAGGUGGGAGCAGCCCAGCCCACCCCCAUCUCUCCCCCCACCAUUGGCCUUCCAGGAGCAAGAGGCCCCCCAGGACCAGUUGGACCCCAAGGUGUGGCGGGACCCCCUGGACGCACCGGAGAGACAGGCCUCAUAGGGAAAUCUGGACCCAUGGGACCCAGAGGGCCCCAGGGCCAGCGAGGAGCCCCAGGGGAGAGAGGUGUACCUGGGCCAGCGGGGUCUCCGGGGCCAGCCUCUCCCUUCUCUCACAGAGGAGAUGUGUUUGGUCUGAGGGAGCUGGGCCAGUAUGAAGAGGCUGCGCUCCCUUCACGGAAUAACCAGAGAGAUGUGACUGGUCCCCCAGGCCCCAUCGGACCCCCUGGACCCCCAGGCCGGCCUGGACCCACAGGGCCUGCUGGAAACCCAGGUAGCCCAGGCAGAAACGCUGGGUUUGGUCCCUCAGGCAAACCUGGGGAUCGCGGACCUAAAGGAGACACUGGUGAAAGGGGACCCCCAGCACUCAGGGGAGAACAUGGCCAGCCAGGUGUACCAGGGCCAAAGGGUGAACCAGGAGAUAGCCAGGCUGAGGGGGAGGGGGUGCAGCAGCUGAGAGAGGCUCUGAAGAUCCUGGCUGAGAGGGUUCUCAUUCUGGAGCACAUGAUCGGCAUUCAUGAGAACCCACUAGAACCCGGUUCUGGCCUGGACAUCCUGUCAGACCUGGUGCCCAUGUUUAAAAACAAAAGGGCGGGACCCAAUACCCUGCUUCACUCUCUCGCCACGGGAGACCGGAAGCUGAAUGGAGAGGAAAGAGUGAGGAGGGGGGACAAGUAGAUGGUCAUGCCAAUGGGUGUAAAGAGCAUGGUUUGUAUAUGAACUGUGAUUGUUUAAGAGACUGAGAUGGAUGUACCAUGUGUUCUCUGGGCCAGAGUGUAUGACCAGUCAAUCCUCAUGGAAGCACAGAAUUCCAUCAGUCUGGGCUUUGGACGACCUAGCGUCUGCAAAAUGACCCCUUCUCUUACUCAGAUUCUUGAAUUUGGCCUGUUUAUAAUGUGUGUUUUAUACAUUGACUUUUAGUACUGUUGUCAUUAUCGUAGUCAUGUUAUUCCAAUGUAAUUGUGUAACUUUGGUGCUGGCACUGGCCUCAACAUAUGCAUAUUCUUAAAGUCUAGGUAGCAGACAAUGGACCCUAUCAGAUAUUUAUGUAGUUGGUGCUGUAUAUGAACUUAAAUACAUGGGUUCUAACUUGAAACACUAUUUGUUAGUUUACAACUGUACAAUUUAUGCUCACCGCAUAUAAAAUACAUGAAGACUGCCGAGAAAUGUACAGUUGAAGUCGGAAGUUUACAUACACUUAGGUUGGAGUCAUUAAAACUCAUUUUUCAACCA